AUGCAGCUGAAUAACAAUGUGACUGAAUUCAUUCUGCUUGGGUUGACCCAGGAUCCUGUUAGGAAGAAAAUAGUGUUUGUCACUUUCUUGCUUUUCUAUUUGGGGACAUUGCUGGGUAACUUUCUGAUUCUGGCUACUAUCAAGACCAGCCGGGCACUUGGGAGUCCAAUGUAUUUCUUCCUUUUCCACUUGUCUUUAUCAGAUACCUGCUUCUCUACUUCCAUAGCCCCAAGAAUGAUAGUGGACACCCUUUUGAAGGACGCCACAAUCUCUUUCAGUGAGUGCCUAAUCCAAGUCUUUUCAUUCCAUUUCUUUGGCUGUCUGGAGAUCUUCAUCCUGAUACUCAUGGCUGUUGACCGCUACGUGGCCAUCUGUAAGCCCCUGCACUACAUGACCAUCAUGAGUCGACAGGUCUGUGGUGUGUUGGUGGCUAUGGCCUGGGUGGGGUCGUGUGUGCAUUCUUUAGCUCAGAUUUUUCUGGCCUUGAGUUUACCUUUCUGUGGUCCCAAUGUGAUCGAUCACUAUUUUUGUGACUUGCAGCCCUUGUUGCAGCUUGCUUGUACAGACACCUACAUGAUCAAUCUGCUCCUGGUGUCCAACAGUGGGGCCAUUUGUACAGUGAGUUUUGUCACGCUGAUGUUCUCCUACAUUUUCAUCUUGCAUUCUCUGAGAAACCACAGUGCUGAAGGGAGGAGAAAAGCUCUCUCUACCUGCAUCUCCCAUAUCAUUGUGGUAGUCUUGUUCUUUGGUCCUUGCAUAUUUAUAUACACCCGCCCUGCAACCACCUUCUCUGUGGAUAAGUUGGUGGCUAUAUUUUAUACACUUGGAACACCUUUGCUCAACCCUUUGAUUUAUACGCUGCGAAACGCAGAAGUGAAAAAUGCCAUGAGGAAGUUCUGGAGCAAGGCACUGGUCUCUGAUGACAGACUAUGA